CUCGCCCCGCCAGCGCCGUUCACCCUGUCCAACAUCUCGGCGGUUUUUCCCGACGGAUGGUCGAGUGAAUUGCGAAUAAAAAAUGGCCGCCUCGACAAGAGAUCUCGCUACGCUGCUUGCGCAAACCACCAUUGAAGACCACGACGAAGUACUCAAAGCCACCAAUGCGGCUCUCAAAAAGUCCAAAAGCGAUCAAGAUGCGCUACAUACCAAAAGUGUAGCACUUUUGCACCUCGACCGAUACGAAGACGCCUUACAAGUAUUUGAAGCCGCACCGGAAGUCCAGAAGAAGGCGCAAUUCGAAUAUGCAUAUGCGCUCUACAAGACAGGCAAUGCGGCCAAGGCGGUAGAAGUGGCACAGGCCGCAGGGUCAGGAGCAGGCCGUGGAAUGAAGCAUAUGCUUGCUCAGGCGGCGUACCGUUCUGAGAACUUCGCUCAAGCCACGAGGAUCUACAAGGAGCUUGCAGACCAGAACGUCGAAAGUGAGGAAUACGAUAUUCGAAUUAACUCGGGAGCCGUAGAUGCCCAAUUGGAGUGGACUGGACAAGGCGAGCUGGCACAGAAGAAGCAGCCCACACGAGAGGAUCUAGAGGUUUUCGAGACAGCCUUCAAUGCGGCAUGCGGCAGCAUCUCGCGCAAUGAGUUUGGACAGGCGCAAGUGUGCUUGAAGCGCGCAAAGGACCUCUGCAAUGCGCUUUCGGACAUGAGUGAGGAAGAGAAGCAGGCUGAGCUACUCCCAAUUACUGUGCAGCAAGUCUAUGUCUUGAUACAGCUUGGCAAGACUGAUGAAGCGGAAGAAUUGGCUACAAAGAUUCCCUUCGCUGACAUUGCUGCUUCAAAAGAACAUUCAAACCCUUACCUCUCACAUCGUAUAUUCCAUUCAUCGCCUCAGCCUCCUGUUACCGAUCAACUCUUCUCCUACCAGUCGAACAUCCUCCGAGAGGACGAAUAUGUCAUCUCACUCUUGUCACAGAAGGUGGCCGGCGUCGCUGAAUCUACCCAAAAGGUCAUCUCUGGAACCCCCGCUCCGUCGCUUUCUCCGGUUGUCAACAUGGCAGCUGUACUCAAUGCGGCAGCCCACGCCAGGAAUACGAGCACCGAGAAAGCUGCGUUGAAAGCAAUAUUGCCGCUGCUCGAGAAAAGGCCAAAUGACGUUGGCCUCAUACUUACGAUAACACAACUUUACGUAAUCACAAACAACUACGCUGCUGCUACGUCCCUUCUUGAAUCUUUCUUCAAGCGUCUUGAACAAAGCGGCUCCGCGUCCGAUCUCGAUGUACGCUUCGCGCCAGGUCUGAUCGCCGCGCUCAUCUCGUUGUAUGCACAGCAAGGGCGCCCGGGAGCAUCAAAGAACGAGUUGGCAAAGGCGGCAGAAUAUUGGCGGAAACCUCAUAAAUCAAAGACGGAGGCGCCUUCCAAGUCUCUCAUGGUUGCUGCUGGCACAGCACUCCUUGACACGCACAAUCCAGAGAACGUCAAGUCUGCAGGGGAGAUUUUCAAGGGCUUGUAUGACCAAGACAACGAAGACCGAGCGGCCAUUGCUGGUCUUGUUGCAGCAUAUAGCAUCACAGAUCCUACCUCAAUACCCGCAGAUCUCCUCGCAUAUCUGCCAGAGGCGAACCGCUUAGUAUCCGAUAUCGACGCUGCUGAACUCGAAAAGGUUGGCGUUCCCCUUGGCAACGUCACCUCGGUCAAUCUUGCAGCAGAAUCACGGAAACGUAGCCUUGCACCAACCAAUGUGGCACCGUCGAAAUCCAAGAGAUUGCGAAAGGCAAGGAUGCCAAAGGACUACGUAGAAGGCAAGAAAGUAGACCCUGAGAGGUGGUUACCGAUGCGUGACAGGAGCUACUACCGUCCCAAGGGACGAAAAGGAAAGAAGAAGAUGGAUGGCCUCACUCAGGGAGGUGUAGUGGCAGAAGACAAAGGCACUCCAGCCGCUCAGGAGAAGAAGGGCGGUGCUGACAAAGGCAAGAAUAAGAAGAAGGGCAAGGGCGGCAAAUGGUGAGUGACGAGGAUGUCUACCUAUGCCAUCAGGUACUCUUUAAAAACAUGUAGCCAGCAAUCGAGCCUUAUUCAACAUGCUGUUGUACGGAUGAUGCAGCAGUCACCAAUUGUGUAGCAUUUU